AUGCGUUUUGGCAAGACCCUCUCCGACUCUGUUUACCCGCCAUGGAAAGAUAAAUACCUACAAUACGACAAGAUUAAGAAGCUGCUGCGUGAGGAUGAAACAUCUCCACAAGGCCGUGGUGGUGAGAGCAGCUGGACGGAGCAGGACGAAGAGAACUUUGUCCACGAACUCACCGUCACUCAACUGGAAAAGGUCCACCAGCACCAGGUGGACACCUUCAAUGCUCUGAGAGAUCGAGCUGCCGCAUGUGAGGCCAUGCUUCCCAAUCCGGAGGAUGAGGCUGCCAAAAAGUCCGAGGACGACGAGAAGGCCAUUGCAAAGGACAUGUUGAAAGAGCUGGAUGGUAUCUCCAAGGAACUCAAUGAGCUUAGGAAGUUUAGCCGUGUCAACUAUACCGGCUUCCUCAAGGCUGCGAAGAAGCACGAUAGAAGAAGAGGAUUGAAAUACAGAGUACGACCAAUACUCCAAGUUAGGCUGGCUCAGACACCUUUCAACCAAGAAGACUAUUCUCCGCUCCUCUUUCGACUCUCUACCAUGUAUUCCUGGGCCCGUCAAAAGCUCGGUGAAGAGGAUGCAGACACUAAGGAAUCUGAGGCCGACAUCCGUUCCAAAGAUUCGUACAAGGCAUACAAGUAUUGGGUGCAUGUAGACAAUCUCCUGGAAGUGAAGACCUAUAUUCUCCGUCGUCUACCAGUUCUCGUCUACAAUCCUCAAUCAAUGAAAGUCGCCGAUGGAGCUCAGAAGGAUCCAAGCCUCACUUCGAUCUACUUUGACAACCAAAGCUUUGAUCUUUACCAAGGUAAAGUUGAUAAGGGUACUGCUGGCGAUUCUGUUCGCCUGAGGUGGACUGGUCAGCUUGGCGAUAAGCCCGAGAUUGUACUAGAGAAGAAGACCGUUGGGGAAGAUAACGAGAGUCGGGACAUCCGCUUGACUCUCAAGGAGAAGUAUAUUGAGCCAUUUCUCAAAGGCGAAUACAAGCUGGAGAAACAAAUUCAAAAGCUGGAAGACAGACUUGGACCAGAUGCCGAAGAGGUCACGACAUUCAAGGCCAAUGUGGAAGAAAUCCAAUCUUUUAUCAAAGAUAAAGACCUGGAACCUGUCCUCCGAGCCAGCUAUACUCGAACAGCUUUCCAAAUACCUGGUGAUGACCGAAUUCGGAUCUCCCUGGAUACCGACCUGGCCUUCAUCCGUGAGGAUGCUCUUGACUCGGACCGCCCUUGCCGUGAUCCUGAAGACUGGCACAGAUCGGAUAUCGAUAAACAAGAACUCGAAUAUCCCUUCUCUUCAAUCAAGAAAGGCGAAAUCAGCAGGUUUGAGCAUGCUGUUCUGGAGAUCAAGGUCAAGGAAUCUAAGUAUACUAGAAACAAUACCUGGCUACAAGACCUGAUGAGUUCUCACCUAGUGAAGGAAGAGAAAAAAUUCUCCAAGUUUGUCCACGGCAUUGCACUUCUCUUUGAGGACUAUGUCAAUAGUUUCCCAUUCUGGCUUAGCGAUCUUGAGACCGACAUUCGAAGAGACCCUGUCACUGCAUUCCGUGAAGAACAAGUCCGCGAAGCCAAACAAGCAGAGGAUGAAAUGGCGGUGGGCAGUUUCCUGGCGGCAUCAAGGUUGUCUGCCUCCAUGAAAGGCAAAGUUGGAUCUCCUUCAAGACCAGCAGAACGCAGAAUUUCAAGCCAAUUCUCGCAGUCUGUUCAAUCUCUUGCACGGCCUAGACCUGCUGAUCAGCUGCGAGCAACUGCUGAGGAGCCUGACUCAGACGAUGAUGGCAUUCAAGGUAACCGUCAAGUAGAUGGCGGGGACUCUUCUGGAGGAGGUCUCCGAUCGUUCCUACCCGCCUUCUCCAAUUCUCGUUAUGCUCGUCGGCAUCGACAAGGUACCGCCUGGAAAGACGCGCCGUUACCUCCUGGCGUGAAGGACCCAGGCCACUGGAUCAAGGAUCAAGGACCGCUCAAAAUUGAGGCAAAAGUGUGGCUCGCCAAUCAGCGGACCUUUAUCAAAUGGCAGCAUAUUGCGGUUCUCCUAGCCUCGCUUUCACUCGGCUUGUACAACGCUGCGGGCGUAGAUAACAACAUCGCCCGUAUUUUGUCGCUGGUAUACACUGCAUUCGCCAUUUUCGCGGCUUUAUGGGGUUGGGGGAUCUACAUGUGGCGAAGCAGGCUAAUUACGGAGCGAAGUGGCAAGGAUUUCGAUAAUGCGAUCGGUCCCUUUGUUGUUUCUGUUGGUUUAGCUUGUGCGUUGGUCUUGAACUUUGCUUUCAAGUACAACGCUGCGAUGGCUAGCCUUCCAGGAAAUUCGACGACUUCGGUGUUGACGGGAAAAUUGGCGGCAAACGACAUGUCUCACGACCCCGAAUUAUUUGUACCAGAACUCUAG